AUGGAUGCGGUCGUCUCUCGUGACUUUGAAGACUGGCCCGACUGGCCGCUUCAAACUGCGCGAAGAGUUAGCUAUGCCUCGGCCACCACGCAAAACUCAGAGUCGAGUCUCUUGUCCGCCCGCAAGUUCGCAUCGCCGCCCAGUCCGCCGACAUCUCCCGCCGUGAGCGACCACACGCGAAGCUUGGGCUUGCUGCCGGAUGAGGUUAUUCGCUUGAAGCUGAGUCGAUCAGUGACCAUAUCGUUUAUUCGAAAGUCGAGGCUAUUUCGCAUUCAGUACGGAUUCAUCGAUAUUAUCAAGGAAGCCAACGGCACCCUCAAAGCCCUGGAGAUGGGCGGCCAACAACACACUUUUGUGCAUACCUUUGCCAACUCUCGACUUCCCGUACCACAUCUGGAGAACCCGCUGCUGGCCGACGAUACGCCUCUUCGAGUAUCCUUUUUAGACGAACAGACCGUGCAGACAUCGAAUACCACUUUCAACACACAGCUCUCUUACACCUUUGACCACUGGGAUGAUUGCGUCCGGUUCCAGGAGAUCCUACUCGCGUCCAAGUUGAUAUUUAUGGCGGGUAUUGCCGAGGCCAAGUCCAAGGGACGCGGCGAAGAGUGCAUCAGCCAGAAUAUGCGUCUGCUGCGCGGACGGCAUGAGCGCGUGGUGCUGCUGUUUUUUGCCAAUUCACAGCGCAAGGAACGGAAACGAUAUGUCUCGGUGCCGUUGAACUGCAUUGACAAGAUCGACGUGCCCAAGAAGGCUAGCCGGCCGAUCUCCUUGCACCUGCUCCCCAACUUUGAGCUACUGGCAGAGAUGAAGGUGCUGCAGCUGCAGUUUCUUGAUGAUGACGAGCGGAAAAAAUUUGGCGAGCUCAUGACGCAGCUCCUCGACUAA